AUGUGUCGGCGACAGGACACAGACGCACACUAUCUCACAAGAGCGAAACUACAAGGUCUCCUUGAGAGCAGAUUCCCGAACCAUCCUGGCAGGGAUUUCCACAUUCGGCUCUUCCAGAACGUCUGGUCAUUCGAUGCGCCUGAAGAAGUAACGCAGGCCGAACUUGAGUAA